AAAUCACGCUCAGGACCCUCCCAGUCACACAGGGUGCAACAGCAACAGCAGCAGCAGCGGCUUUGUUAGUGAGAAUUUACCACCAUCCCCCGCCCAUUCUCUCUCUCUCUCUCUCUGUCUACACACUCAUGGAAUUCCCAAACUCAAGUGCGCAUGUGCUUUUCUGACCAAGGAUUGUUCUGAAAAAUUCUAUAACAGUUGCUGUUAGGAGGAUAAUCUUUCAUAUUUCUGCCACAUGAGUAACAGACACUUCAAUCCCCAGGCUUUAAGUCUUUUGUAAAAUUCACGGUGAUGAAAGAAGAACCACUGAAUAAGGUGAUGACUGCCAAAGCCUCCAUCAUGCAGAGACUCAACCAGGCCGUGCAGGAGGUGGCGGAGAAGUGUUUCAGAAGAGCCUGCAAGCUGUUCUGCUGCCCGUUACGCAUCCUGUCGUGUGAAGAGCUCGCCUUCUGCUCAGCUCAAAACCAUCAGCAGACUGAGGACAAAACUACACAAGUGGCACUCCACAGUCCUCCGUCAACAAUUUUGAUUGUGAACAUCAGCAACUCAACGCUGAUCAACUGUGUCAUCGGAUACGACAACUACCCGUCUGCAGUGACAGAAAGUCAGCCUCUGAUGCACGAACCUGACCACCUCGUUCCCAAUGAGAUGCGGUGCAGUGACAGCUGUGGACACCAGAGGGCGCCAGAACCUCCUCCACCCCCUGCUCUGUGUCCACUCCCACCUGAAGAGACUCCGAGCAUCAGCAUCGUAGGCUCCAGUCUCAGCGGUGUCAUCAUCGGUGACAGUAACUACAUGAAUGUUGAAUACACGAGUGAGGCUUUGACAACCACACAGAGCUGAGAGAGACACACACACACACACACACACACACACACACACACACACACACACACAGAAGAGGAUUAGGGCCACAUAUUCAUUUGUUUUUGGAAACCAACUUUAUAAAAUAAAAAAAGUCAGAAUUCUAAGGGAAAAAAGUCAGAAUUCUGACUUCUGAGAUGGAUUUUUUCUUUUUAUGUUUGGCCCUAAUCCUCUUCCGUACACACGGUCUGGUUUCCAUGGCUUCAGAGGAUAUCACAUUGAAUUUCCUUCAGACUUACUCUAACCAUAGCCAUAACUACUACUGGCCUAAUCCUAACCCUUAACCUCAUCCUUAGUUUAAAACAUGUCUUCACCUUAAAAAGCAGGAUUUCAUGUCAUGGAGACUUGAUUUUUGUCCCCAUAAGGAAGACAAGUCCCCACAACAUGAGCAAUACCUGGACCACACACACACACACACACACACACACACGUUGGCACAGCAUUCAUAGUGAGGACCCUUAUAGACCUAAUGCGUUCCCUAUAUAACUAUAUCCUUAACCCAAAAUGUCUUCACUCCCUAUGGUUUAACCGUUUCUUUUGGUCUCCACAAAGCUACACAUACAAGAACGCACACUGCACCAUCUGAAAACAUGGGAUGUUUGUGAGGAUAAAAGAAGACUCAGUAUGAAGGGAAACAUCAUGAGUUAUUCUCCUGACCCUUUUUUUGUGUAGUUGUUUAUUUUCUAACCACUGACUACUGACAACUGUUUUCCUUAUACCUUAUUGACCUCUAAUGUGUCUAUAAAAUGUUGGACAGCAGUAAAAAGCUGAUAGAUUUGACAGACAAGUGGCUUAUCAUUUUGAAGUGACACCAGUGUAUUGGUUUAUCGUUAUGACUAAUGUGGAAAACAUGACCAGAGGUCAUUACAGUUGUUGUUGUUGGUUUUUUUUUAACCAGUGUCAGCUCACCAAGCUUUUUUUCUUUUGCAAAAAUGAGUCCCUCCUGGUUUUGUAAUGCCAAAUCUUUUGCUCCUGCGUCAGACAUGAUGAGGACAUUAACUUGGGAGUAGUGGGGAAAAUUUCCCACAUAGCUGUGACUACGUAGUAGUGACUCAUCUGUUUGUAAGUACUUGAUCUGUGUGUAAUGUAGUUAGUGGCUGUAGAACGCAUGGAUUGUAAACUGUGUAAAUGUGCAGAUCAGCAGGACUGAAAUACUGUGCAUCUGUGACUGAAAUCCUCAUCAAGUAAAGAUAAAGGUGUUUAAGUAUGGCCAAUGGUCAUUUUACAGUAAACUACUUAGUAGUUUUUAUUGUCUGAAUUCCUUUUCAUUGCUUUUUAUUAUUAUGUUUUGUAUUAUUUAUAAUUAUCUUAUGAAACAUGUGUUUUACCUUUUUGAGGUUAUACUGCACACAGAUCGAUAUGCUACCAUUGUGUCUGUUGUCAUAGGAUGGUGAAAAUGCAUGAAGGAAUAUAAUGAAAAACUGAUUUGUGAUCGUUUCUGAAUUAUUAAA